AUGACUCGGGACCGCUGGUGUGGCGUUAAUACGGUCACCGUGCUGAUCAUCCUGCAGGAGGUGUUCCCAGCGGCGCAGGCAGCAGAGAUGUCUGUGAAGCUCCGCCCCCUGUGGUGGGAGGGUAGGCAGACACUGGGCCGUGCCCAGCUUAGUCUGGGAGAGGUGGACCUGGCGGUGAGGUUUUUCCAGGUGGCGGCCCACCUGUGUUCGUCAGAGCGCCCCUUCUGGUCAGAGGACCUGGCGUGGGCACGGAGGCUGCAGCAGCAGAGAUUGGCGGCUCGGGCCCUGUCCCAGCGGGAGGAGGACGCCCAGCGAGAGGUCCUGAACGCCCCAGAGCUCCAACAGGACUGCGACUUUGAGUCAGAUGAGGUGGUGGCAGCCUGCGCUGCCAUGGCCGAGAGACAGCGACGCUAUGAGGAUCUGAAGAGGACGACGGUGGUGGUAGACGCUGAGGGGAACGCAAGGGAGGUACCCGUGGAGGAGGAGGGGUCAGGGGACACACCCUAA